CGCGGAGAAGCGCUUCCGGUAACGGCAUUACACCACUUCCUCUCCGGCUCAGUGUCUGGCCCGUGGAUUCCCACGCGGGCUCAAAAUGCGUAUCGAGAAGUGUUAUUUCUGUUCGGGGCCCAUCUACCCGGGCCACGGCAUGAUGUUCGUCCGCAACGACUGCAAGGUGUUCAGAUUCUGUAAAUCCAAAUGUCAUAAAAACUUUAAAAAGAAGCGUAAUCCUCGCAAGGUCAGGUGGACCAAAGCGUUCCGGAAAGCAGCCGGCAAGGAACUGACAGUGGAUAAUUCAUUUGAAUUUGAAAAACGAAGAAAUGAACCUAUCAAAUACCAGAGAGAGUUAUGGAAUAAAACUAUUGAUGCAAUGAAGAGAGUUGAAGAGAUAAAGCAGAAACGCCAAGCUAAAUUUAUAAUGAACAGAUUGAAGAAAAAUAAAGAACUACAGAAAGUUCAGGACAUCAAAGAAGUCAAGCAGAAUAUCCACCUCAUCCGGGCUCCUGUUGCAGGCAAACAGCUGGAAGAAAAAAUGGUACAGCAGUUACAAGAAGAUGUGGACAUGGAGGAUACUUCUUAAAAAUUUGUGCUUUUGAAAAUCUCUUUUGGAGACUUAGGACUUGCUAAACUAUUGACAGGUAUUUUACAGAAGAUCACGCACAUGAGAAGUGAUUAAAAAUACAUUUCUCUGAGAUUGCUGUCUUCAGAGCAUCAGAUUGUGGAUGUUACAGUGUGUCUCCAUGUUAAAUCUUCCCUGGUAGAAGUGUUUAUGUAAAUCAGGAAGUUCUGUUUUUCAAUAUAGAAGUAACUUGUGGCAACAUUUAUAUGAUAACUGUCCACAAAAAUUCAAUGGAAAGGAUAUUAUAUAAAAUAAAGAUUUUUU